ACCAGCCGUUUUCAAGAUGGCGCAAACCACGAUCGCAGACAUGGGAGACACGAGUAGUUCUACGGGCACUAGCGCGGGGAAAUCUGACCCUAACUCGAAGCCGCCCCUUCAGGAAAUUUGCGACAAGGCAAGGGCCGAAGAUCUGAAGAACAAAGCAAACGAGUUUUUUAAAGCACAAGACUUUCAGAAUGCCAUCAUCUACUAUUCACAAGCCAUAGAAGCCAAUCCACUGGUGGCAGCCUACUACGGUAAUCGUAGCUUUGCCUAUCUCAAGACAGAAUGUUUUGGCCUUGCAUUGGAGGAUGCUAGCGAGGCAUUGGCCAUCGACCGAUCCUACAUCAAGGGGUACUACAGACGGGCUACAGCAAACAUGGCGCUUGGCAAAUUCAAGAAAGCACUCAAGGAUUAUGAAACGGUGGUAAAAUACAGGUCAAAUGACAAGGAUGCCAGGUUAAAGUUCACAGAGUGUAGCAAGAUUGUCAAGAGGCAGGCUUUUGAGCGUGCAAUCAGAUCGGAUGAUCCCAAGAAGUCAGUAGUUGACAAUCUGGACAUCGAAAAUAUGGUUAUAGAGGACGAGUAUGACGGACCCAAAUUUGAGCACACUGUAACCAAGGAGUUCAUGGUAGAUCUGUUAGAACAUUUCAAACAACAGAAGAAAGUUCACAGAAAAUAUGCAUACACAAUACUAGUGCAAAUCGACAAACUCUUCAGGACGUUGCCGUCAUUAUGUGACAUUACCAUUCCAGAGGGGGGCAAGUUCACAGUGUGUGGGGACAUUCAUGGACAGUUCUACGAUCUCUUAAACAUCUUCAAGCUCAACGGUCUCCCAUCAGAAGACAACCCAUAUCUAUUCAACGGCGACUUUGUAGACAGGGGAUCCUUCUCGGUGGAGGUUAUUUUGACAUUGUUUGGUUUUAAGCUUCUCUACCCAGAUCACUUUCAUUUAUCGAGAGGUAACCACGAGAGCGAGACUAUGAAUCAGAUGUAUGGUUUCUAUGGUGAGGUGAAGGCCAAGUACACGUCCAAAAUGGCCGACCUCUUCACCGAGGUCUACAACUGGCUACCGUUGGCCCAGGUCAUCAACCACAAGGUCUUAGUGAUGCACGGUGGGCUGUUCAGCGACGACAGUGUGACGUUAGACGACAUCAGGAAGGUGGAUAGAGACAGGCAGCCACCAGAAACGGGUAUCAUGUGUGAAAUCUUGUGGUCGGACCCCCAGCCGCAGCUGGGCAGGGCGCCCAGCAAGCGUGGGGUGGGGAUCCAGUUUGGACCCGACAUCACCAAACGAUUCUUAGAGCAGAAUAGUCUGGAGUACGUUAUACGAAGCCACGAGGUCAAAGCUGAAGGCUACGAGGUUGCACACAAUGGAAAAUGUAUAACAGUGUUCUCAGCUCCUAAUUACUGUGACACAAUGGGAAACAAAGGUGCUUUCAUUACGAUGGGCUCGGAUUUGAAGCCAAAGUUCACCACAUACGAAGCAGUUUCACAUCCUGAUGUACGACCGAUGGCAUAUGCAAAUGCCAUGUUUGGAUUUAUGUAAUGCAGUCCACAUGUCGCCUUCUGCGAUGUCAUGGAGAUCUACAGAGCUAGUGCAGAUCCGUCAUAGCAACACGGGCCCAUCCUGUCUGUGCUCAGUCCCUUGAGGGUGCUCUUGUUGCUCUUGCUCAAGAGAGUAGUGUAGGGCAUGCCACGUGCAAAGUAAACUGGGAUUGAAGUAUGUACUAAAUUUCCUGCGACGUCAUUGGAUGUCAAGUGCACAAAGGUAAAUAGUGUACAGCAGCUACAAGCCCUCCAGUGCAGCAAGCCCACAAGCAGUAAUUUGAGAAAGCAAGCUUACUUGCUCAUUUUGACAUCUAGGGUGUGUUCCGUUCUAUGCCAACAGAGCUGGUGCUUGCUAACAUUUGCAAACAAGUUCUCAAUGGAUGCACUUGAAAACUACAAACACUGGCAGUACUUGCUUGAGUGAAGUGUACCCCUUCUUGGUGAUGCUGUGGCUCCAGCCAGUUCGAGUUAGGCCAACUUGUGGCAUACUUGGAAGACUGCAGUGGCUAAUGUUUGACCAAAAUGUUGUCAAAUUAUACACUAUUUUGGUAUCAUUCUACAGCAUUCAGAAGAGUUGCCUCUACUGCUGUGUUGGCUUUUGCUUUAUGCUGCUGGAUGCGUGGAUAUAAAUUGAUAGGGGUUGGGUGUAGCCGCAAAGACUGAUGCCAAAGCCAAAUAAUAUGCUUGAAUUGGACAUUGGUAUCGCGAUGCUGCCAGUUUAACGUCUCAGGCAUUAUCAUAUGACCCUUUGUCAAGUUCUGCAGAAUUCUGGCAAAAUUCCAUGUUGUGAGAGUUUGAAUUGUUCACGAAUCACACCUCUUGAAGACCGAAGGCCAGUUCAUGCGCAGCAAAUUUGAUAUCACGAAAGAUUCACCGCAAAAUUUCGCUCGAGUUGAAAUGUGUUCAAGUUUUGCAAAUUCACAGCGCGAAUAUUGAUCCAAUGGAAAAAAAUUUGCAUUUGUGUUCCCUUUGCACAAAGUGUGAACAAAAAAUGCAAAAUUCUCAUUUUUUCUCAUGUUCAGCAGAUUAAAUUGUACAUUAACUCAACAAGACAAAAUACCAUGCAAUCUAGACAAAUUCUACGGUCGUGUGAAUUCCUUUGUCACAUUGCUGCAAUUUGAAACAUUGAUCAGCUGUAAAGAUUUUCACUUUAGAUAAUUUAUAUACUUAUCUCGAUAAUUUGUUUUAUUUUUCCAUCAGUUAUUUCACCUGUAGCUUACAAUUCAUAUUUUGUGUUAAAAGCCCUCUACAAAAUUUGUACAUAGGUUUGUUAUGCACAGAUGUUGCAGCAGUGCUGUAACGUUCAAGUGUAACCAAAUUUGAAGGAAGUUGUACACAAAUAGAAUGUUCCAUUCUCAGUGAGUCAGUUCGAUAUUCCAUCAGCGCAUACCCAGUGCCAGGCUAUUUGGGAAUAGCUACGUGCAUGCCUGAUAGCCUGUCCUAUCAAUGCAGCCACACGCCGACUCACACGUGCACUUUAUUCCUGAAAGACCUUGGCUUUUUGAAAUAUCAAACUGGCUUGCUCCUGAAUGAACUUACAGCUCUUGGUAGUCCACCUAUCAGUUUUACUGUAUUCUGGUCUCAGAAACACAACUGCUCAUAGUUAUGAGGGCUUGACAUGUUGAUGUGAGCAGAAUCUCCCCAAAGGAGCAAAAUCCAAGAAAGAUCCUGCUAUGAUUGAAAUGUCAGACCCUUCAAGUAUGCUGGUUUCAGUGGUCUGGUAGAUGUUUCCGAAUGCACAAAUACCUACAGAGCUGCUUUUGCUUGUGGAAUCUCUGAAAAUCUAGUCUCGCGGUCACCUUACAGAUAAGUCUGUUCACAAAAAUCCUGUAGACAGAGAAGAUUCAGUCACUUGUUAUUAUGGACCACUGAUCCAAUCCAAUUUGGAUUACCAGCUGCCCGAAUGAGUGAAGCCAUGUAGUGGGUCCCAAUCCUUGAACUCUAUUGUGCAAUGGAAACCAGUCUUAUCUACUCCCAUCAUUGAGGAAAAUCAUUACAAAUGGAGUGGUAGCAUGCAGCACAGUGACCUUGCCUGUAAAAGCUGAUGGUCUGUCCACAUUUUGUACAUGAAGAUCAAGGCCAAAUUUCAUGGCUCUGCUCAGCAGUGGUGUCAGUUGGUAACAGGUUUUGAACACAAGCUGUGUAACAAACUGCAGUUCAGAGUUGGGGGUAAUCUCAGUAUUUGGGACAGGUUUUAUUGACAUCUACAUUUAAAGAUCAGUACCUGUUGAUAUAAAGUGAAUGAAGUUUACAAACUUACAACUUCAUUCACAGUUACACCUGUGUCCACUAUUACGGUCAUACUGUUCUGUCCAACAUACUCCAGACACAUUCAGUAUUUCAGAAUUUGGGCACACAUGUUUAUGAAAUGUGCAUAAAUACACCUUGUCUUGUUGAUGGAUGGAGCUCAUAAUUUAGGUUUACUUGGGACCUGAUCUCAGCUCGGAUUUUCACACUCAAACUGACGUAUGUCACCUCACUGUCUUACGUGUUGAGGUGAACGGGCCAUUUGAUUGAGUUCAAACUCCAAGCCAUAGCACUUUUUCAUCAAGUACAAUCUUGCUUUUCUGUUUGACAGCAGAGUUUCAGCCAUGAAUUUGGUAGGGGUACAAAGUGCACCCAUUGACAGAGCACAGCAAACAGCUUGGUCACCAGCCCAAAGUUUCAUUUGAUGCAUUCUUCUUUUGACUGGUUUGUGGCUUGUUCAGGCUCAACAGAUUUGCUGAUCAAUAGUUAAUUUGCUGAUUUGCAGCUGCAUACAUUCUGUUUCCAAUGAAUUGCUGCUCCAACAAAUUUUCUGAUGGUCAUAUGCGCCUCUGGAGGAGGGCUAAAUAACUUGUCAUAGUAAAAACUUUUAUUCCAUUCUGAAUGCAUGGAUGGACAGUCACAACUUAAAUAAACACAACUUUUUGUACGACCGA